CGCACAACACAUGUACCUUCAGCGUCCUGAAAUCUACAAUUGCCCCUCGAAAAGUGUACAGUCGACACAUUAUGAGCGUGGGCAGCCAUAAACAAUCAACACUGGUGCAUCAGCGUCAUUUUUUCCGCCCUUCAACCCGUGGGCUGCCUGUAUGCUCGCGACGGCAACCUUUCUGCACUCCCUGAACGAUGAAGAAUAAAGGGCCCCGCAGAAUGGUUAGGCAUUCCGUGUCUAUUAACUCUCCAUCAACUCAUUCCUGUCCGCCGCUGCACAUUUCAAGACAUGGCAUGCCCGCUGGUGCCGCGACGCCGAUGAGGGUCAGCAGCGGAGAACAGACGAAAGCCACACCAUCCCGACCCACGCAAGACGUACAGCAGAUUUCCCACCAUCUACUUCGACAAAAUGCUUGAGAAAGGUACAUCAAGGCGCCGAAAUCAUUUGUCCAAUGAAAGCAGGGGAAAAACAAGGAAGCUCAAGGAGAACCACUCAGCAAUCGUGAACCCCCAAUUAACUUGAGAUGCCACGUUACUGUCAGCAGCAAAUAGUGUGCCUGGUUUGCCCUCUCUGCUUGGAAUUUCUCACAACAGCAGACAGUAUGGUUCUGGUUCUUUACACUACACGCCAUUCAUUUGCCGGCAAAUUUCUGGAAAACUCUCCACCCCACACAACAAUGCUUGCAGCUCUUCGUUGGGCACACAAAGGGCCACGCAAUGCAGCCGGGAAAAAUCCGAAACCGGCGCUUACUCGCGAAGAUCCAAUCUCCUAUGGACGGGAACCUUUGCAGGCAGCAGAUGAAGCGAAGAAAUAUGUUGAAGCGGGAUUACUUUUCAUCGUCGCCGUUUCUCACCAGCCCGUGGUCCGCCAGCCAAAACGCAAACGGCACGACCAGACGUACGGUCACAACUUGUUCACCCCCACGAAGGAGAGCUGCUGCGCGUACGCAUGCAGUAUAAGUUCUACAGGGCUGUGCGCUGAGAGGUAUGUCCGAGCAAAGGGCGAUUCGGUAGCGACAGGAAAAGAUGGCCCGAAUCGCCGAGAGGCGGGUCCUACAAGAAAUUACGCGGAAGGUUUAGCGAUCCUGGCCUGCUGCCUCUAUCUGCUGUGGAUCAGCUCGGACGACAAUGGAGUUCUGUGGAGCAGAAACAAAUCUUCGGUUGCUUCAGAGGGGGAGCAGUUUUUUCCCACCGGUGCUGCGGCGAAUUGUUCUUAGAAAGGUGUUAUCACAUUCUACAAAAACCCAGCCCUGUGCUGUUGCGCUUGGGACAACCGUUUGCCUUGUUAUCCAACAGUUCCGUGUGUGCUGCUCAUACAUCAGUUUAACAAACUCAUAUACUACCGGGAGACGGGGCCAGCUCACCUGGAUGCAUACCAAAGUUUCAUCUGUGCUCCCUUGACUUAUCGCGUCGUGUCGACAUGAGGAACAUGAAACCAGCUGCGGCUGUAGUUGCUAGUCAAGUUCGCAAGUCGUGGUGCGACAGCAAAACACGACCCGGUAGAUUCCUUCGCCGUUACGGUUGUGAAACCUGUUUAGGUUAGUAUGGCAGUGCCGUGGCGACUGUAGGGCGCUGUUGACCGCGGGAUUUACAAGGCAUUCACUAUCGCGCAAAGGCUUGAGUACUUUGCAUGCUUCACGGCUAAGCUCUUCAGCCAGGAGAGGCAAACGCCACCAUCAGGAUCGACGCACUCGAGAAACAGAAAACAUGCUAUUUAGAUGCGCGGACAGAGAUCCUUCCGUAAUUGUCGUAGAUCAGAAUCUAAGCGACUGUGAGGCCUUCUGGGCAUUCAGUAGUGACUUUCGUUCUGACGAAAACACAGACAGGUGACGCAGAAACUAGUUGAACUGGGGUCAGAUAUAUGCCCACAAGAAAGUUCCGAAAUGAAUUGGAUCUCGUUCUAUGCGUUUUCCAUGUUGAAUGACGCGUCCGUGAUUGCUGCUACGGCGUUGUUUGCCGAUCGGCUCAACAGCGACUUAGUUGUGCAUUACACUGUUUUACUUGGUCUGUCGCCGUUUUGCUUUAUCCGUGUAUAUGUGCAUACAUAGGCAUGCAUUGAGCUGCAGUUGUGACUUAUGGAAAGUUUUACCAGAGUGAUUUUUGUUUCAGUGCAGGUGCGACAGCCGAAUCGGGAUGUCGGCGAGAGCAGGUGUGCGGUUCUGUUUCUCAGGCACGCGCAACAUUAUGUGCCACAUGCCAAAGAGGUUCUGGAAAGAGACGUUUUAUUGACAGUUCGUUACCUGAUGACUCCCGGGACCUAUUCUUUUCCGUGAGACACUGUUUCCCUGACAGGAGGCG